UUGUAUGUGCAGGUUUUUUAGGCCAUACUGAAUUCAUUCUUGUGUUCUCAGCCAUGAAAAGGGGGUUCGCCAACAAUUGUAGACCUAUAUUUGGACUUGAUGGGUGCUUUCUUAAACAUGCAUGUGGUGGGCAAUUGUUAAGUGCCGUGGGGAGAGACGGCAAUAAUCAGAUGUGGCCAAUUGCGUGGGCUGUUGUGGAGGCUGAAACAAGGAGCUCUUGGGAAUGGUUUAUGAGAAUCUUAUCCAAUGAUCUCAACAUGGGAGAGGAAGAGGGAUUGACAGUAAUUUCAGACCAACAAAAGGGUUUAGUUCCAGCUAUACAUGAAGUUUGGCCCCAAGUGGAGCAUAGGCAAUGUGCAAGACACAUUUAUUCCAAUUGGAGGAAAGCACAUACUGGAAGAACUCUUCAAAAAUAA